UCUUUGCAUUUCAUUUAGUUCACCGCCGUUAUAAUUCGAGUUUCACUUGCUUUUCAUUACCAGUUAUUUGAACUUAAUACGUAAAACAAUCACAAUGAGGGAAAUUGUGCAUUUGCAGGCUGGGCAGUGCGGAAACCAAAUUGGAGCAAAGUUUUGGGAGGUGAUAAGCGACGAACAUGGCAUCGACCCCACUGGGACCUACCACGGAGACAGCGACCUUCAACUGGAGAGAAUUAACGUGUAUUACAAUGAAGCAACAGGAGGCAAAUAUGUCCCCCGUGCAGUGUUGGUUGACUUGGAACCUGGCACCAUGGACUCUGUGAGAUCUGGUCCAUUUGGCCAGAUCUUCAGACCGGACAACUUUGUCUUUGGUCAGAGUGGGGCAGGUAACAACUGGGCCAAGGGCCACUACACAGAGGGGGCUGAGCUGGUGGACUCAGUCCUGGAUGUGGUGAGGAAGGAGGCUGAGAGCUGUGACUGCCUCCAGGGCUUUCAGCUCACUCACUCCCUGGGUGGGGGCACUGGUUCAGGCAUGGGCACCCUGCUCAUUAGCAAAAUCCGCGAGGAGUACCCUGACCGCAUUAUGAACACCUUCAGUGUGGUGCCCUCCCCCAAGGUGUCAGACACUGUUGUGGAGCCCUACAAUGCCACCCUGUCUGUUCACCAGCUAGUAGAGAACACAGACGAGACCUACUGCAUUGACAACGAGGCACUUUACGACAUCUGCUUCCGCACGCUCAAACUCACCACACCCACCUAUGGUGACCUUAAUCACCUCGUCUCCGCCACAAUGAGUGGAGUCACAACCUGCUUGCGUUUCCCCGGCCAGCUCAACGCAGAUCUCCGCAAGUUGGCUGUCAACAUGGUACCCUUCCCCCGCCUGCACUUCUUCAUGCCUGGUUUUGCCCCUCUCACCAGCAGGGGGAGCCAGCAAUACCGUGCCCUGACAGUGCCUGAACUCACCCAGCAAAUGUUCGACGCCAAGAACAUGAUGGCAGCCUGCGACCCCCGUCAUGGGCGCUACCUCACCGUGGCAGCCAUUUUCCGUGGCCGCAUGUCCAUGAAGGAAGUUGAUGAGCAGAUGCUGAAUGUGCAGAACAAAAACAGCAGCUACUUUGUGGAAUGGAUCCCCAACAACGUAAAAACGGCUGUCUGCGACAUUCCGCCCCGUGGCCUCAAGAUGGCUGCUACCUUCAUAGGUAACAGCACAGCCAUCCAGGAGCUGUUCAAGCGCAUUUCCGAGCAGUUCACCGCCAUGUUCCGCCGCAAGGCCUUUCUGCAUUGGUACACGGGCGAGGGUAUGGAUGAGAUGGAGUUCACAGAGGCAGAGAGCAACAUGAACGACCUUGUGUCUGAAUACCAGCAGUACCAGGAUGCCACCGCAGAGGAGGAUGGUGAAUUUGAAGAGGAGGGAGACGAGGAGCUGGCUUAAAAUGGCUGCCCCAGAGACGCUCAUUACCAUUCUCUUUGUCCAUUUUUAUUGUUGGCAUUAAAGUUAUCAAAGUCUGUUCUCAAGGUUUAUUAAAGGCAUACAUUUGAUAGCAA